AAAAUCAAAGUCUGCAUUGACAAGGACUCCGGGGACGUCGCGGCACUUCGGGGGUCCCGGAAGUUUAACAUCCUGGGGACAAACACCAAGGUCAUGAACAUGGAGGAGUCCAACAACGGCAGCCUCUCGGCAGAGUUCAAGCACCUGACCCUGCGGGAGCAGCGGUGCGGUAACGGAGGCAGAGCCAACUGCGAUGCCUCGCUGAUAGUCACUGAGGAGCUGCACCUCAUCACCUUCGAGACAGAGGUGUAUCACCAGGGGCUGAAGAUCGACCUGGAGACCCACUCGCUGCCUGUGGUGGUCAUCUCCAACAUCUGCCAGAUGCCCAACGCCUGGGCGUCCAUCCUGUGGUACAACAUGCUGACCAACAACCCCAAGAACGUGAACUUCUUCACCAAACCGCCCAUCGGGACCUGGGACCAGGUGGCCGAGGUGCUGAGCUGGCAGUUCUCCUCCACCACAAAACGCGGCCUCAGCAUCGAGCAGCUGACAACGCUGGCCGAAAAACUCCUCGGGCCGGGCGUGAAUUACUCCGGCUGUCAGAUCACUCUCUGUCCCCUUCCCCAGGAGAACAUGGCUGGCAAGGGCUUCUCUUUCUGGGUCUGGCUGGACAACAUCAUUGACUUGGUGAAAAAGUACAUCCUGGCGCUGUGGAAUGAAGGGUACAUCAUGGGGUUCAUCAGCAAGGAGCGGGAGCGAGCCAUCCUGAGCACCAAGCCCCCGGGCACCUUCCUGCUGCGCUUCAGCGAGAGCAGCAAGGAGGGCGGCAUCACCUUCACGUGGGUGGAGAAGGACAUCAGCGGGAAGACGCAGAUCCAGUCGGUGGAGCCGUACACCAAGCAGCAGCUGAACAACAUGUCAUUCGCGGAGAUCAUCAUGGGCUACAAAAUCAUGGAUGCCACCAACAUCCUGGUGUCCCCCCUGGUGUACCUGUACCCCGACAUCCCCAAGGAGGAGGCGUUCGGGAAGUACUGCCGCUCCGAGAGCCAGGAGCACUCGGAAGCUACCGACUCAG